AUGCAUUUCGUCAAGACUGCCAUCUCCCUCUUUGCUCUGGCCAGCUUUACCUCUGGCCAGUAUGUCCAUCCCACUGUCGCCCUAGCUGUCCGCGAAACUGAAGAAUAUCGCAACUACAUCGCAGCCCGCGAUGGAUUCAUUGGCGCCCGCGAUGAUUUCAAGGAGACCCGCGAUCUAUCCAGCCGUAAAUUCAAAGGUCGUACAUGUCUGCAGUUUUCUGGCAAAUACAAAUGCUUUCUCAGCUCCGCAGACAUAAUAUGUGGCUGCUCAAAGGAAAAGUUCAACAAGGCCUGCUCGUGCUAG